AUGCCGGCAUGGCUGAUUAAACUGCUGGAAAAGAAAGGAGCCGUCCGGGCAAGUGGUGUAAUGCCAGCUCUUAAACACUUGCUUGAGUUAAGCGCGCCCACUGAAUAUGCAUAUCUAUGCCAUCCAGAUGCCUUACACGUAGCAAAGCUCAGAAGAGAAGGUGGUUUUUGCGGCUAUCGCAACAUACAAGUUCUUGCUGCACACAUCAUCGCGACCGAGACGACGGGGUGGGAGCAGUUUGGAGAUGACAUCCCGAGCAUCUUUCAAAUACAAGAGCUGAUUGAGACAGCGUGGGAUCGCGGGUAUAACGCCAGAGGGCGCAUUGAGACAGGAGGGAUUAGGGGGACACGCAAAUACAUUGGGACACCUGAGGCUCAAGCUCUUUUUCGCAGCAUGGGAUUUCCGUGUUCUGUGCAAGCCUUCAGAACCUCCAAUGAGCAAGACGGCAAUGCUGCAGGCCGCCUAUUACAAGCAAUUGAAGAUUAUUUCCAGCAAGGCGCGGCGGAUUGUUUAACUCACAAGGUCCGAUCUACUCAGCUUCCCCCAAUAUAUCUACAGCGACCCAGCCACUCUGUUACGAUUGUUGGCUUUGAGAAGCUAAAGGACGGCCACGUCCAGCUCCUGGUAUUCGACCCCGAGUUCCAGAGUUCUGAGGCUGUCACGAGUCUUGCGACCAAGGCUACUCUCCGUAGACAGGCGAAGAUAAACAGACUUUUAGAGCCAUAUCGCCGCAGCGAUGCCCACCUAGAGCGCUUUAAGGAAUUUGAAGUUCUAUAG